AUGGACAGCACCAACGAGAACUCGAGCAACUCCAUUGCGAAUGGUGGAGCUGCAGAUGGCUUGCCCAAUGAUGGCACAGGUGUUAUCCAGCUCGAUCCCUGGCUCGAGCCAUUCAAGGACUCCCUCAAAGAACGAUAUAGCAAGGUCCAAAAGUGGAUGAACGUCAUAAACGAAACCGAAGGUGGAUUGGAGAAAUUCAGUAGAGGAACAGAGAAAUUCGGGUUCAACGUAGACAAGAGCAACAACAUCACAUACAGAGAAUGGGCGCCCAAUGCAACUCAAGCAUUCUUGAUUGGCGAUUUCAAUGGCUGGGAUCGCGACUCCUACCCUAUGAAAAAAGACUCAUUUGGAGUCUUCGAACUCACAAUUCCUGCAAAGGAUGGCAAGCCUGCUAUAGAGCACAACUCCAAAAUCAAGAUCUCCAUGAUCACACCCUCAGGAGAGCGAAUCGAUCGAAUUCCUGCUUGGAUUAAAUAUGUCACUCAGGAUCUUGCUGUCUCCCCUAUGUAUGAUGCGAGAUUCUGGAACCCACCAGAGUCGGAACGAUAUGUUUUCAAGCAUCCGAGACCAAAAAAGCCCGAAAGUGCUCGAGUUUACGAAGCACAUGUUGGCAUAUCAUCUCCCGAACUCAGAGUAUCUACAUACAAAGAGUUUACGAAAAACAUGCUCCCGAGAAUCAAACAUCUGGGAUAUAAUAUCAUCCAACUUAUGGCUAUUAUGGAGCACGCAUACUAUGCAAGCUUCGGGUACCAAAUCAACAGCUUCUUCGCUGCAAGCAGCAGAUAUGGAACACCAGAUGAACUAAAGGAACUUAUUGAUACGGCACAUGGCAUGGGUAUCACCGUUCUGCUUGAUGUUGUUCACUCCCAUGCCUCGAAGAACGUCUUGGAUGGACUCAAUGAAUUUGAUGGGUCCGACGCAUGCUACUUCCAUGCAGGCCCCAAAGGUAGACAUGAGUUGUGGGACAGCAGACUGUUCAACUAUGAAAGUCACGAGGUAUUGAGAUUCCUUUUGAGCAAUUUGCGCUUCUGGAUGGAUGAAUACCACUUUGACGGAUUUCGAUUUGAUGGCGUUACAAGCAUGCUUUAUACACAUCAUGGAAUUGGAACGGGAUUUUCAGGAGGUUAUCACGAGUACUUUGGUCCAUCUGUGGACGAUGGUGGUAUCAUUUAUCUCAUGCUGGCCAAUGAGAUGCUCCACUCUCUCUAUCCGGAGAUGAUAACUAUCGCCGAGGAUGUCUCUGGUAUGCCUGCAUUGUGCGUUGCUCUCUCACUUGGAGGUGUUGGCUUUGAUUAUCGGCUUGCGAUGGCAAUUCCGGAUAUGUGGAUCAAACUUCUCAAGGAAAAGAAGGAUGAUGAAUGGGAUAUUUCGAACAUCGCCCACACUUUGACAAAUAGGCGCCACGGCGAAAAGACAAUUGCUUACUGCGAAAGUCACGACCAAGCUCUUGUAGGUGACAAGUCUAUCAUGAUGCACCUUUGCGAUGCACAGAUGUAUACCAAUAUGUCAACUCUUACAGAGUUUACACCAGUCAUUGAGCGGGGUAUGGCUCUCCACAAAAUGAUCAGACUCCUCACACAUGCCCUUGGUGGUGAAGGGUAUCUUAACUUUCAAGGAAACGAAUUUGGUCACCCAGAGUGGCUCGACUUUCCAAGAGCAGGAAAUGAUAACAGCUUCUGGUAUGCACGACGUCAAACAAAUCUGACUGAGGAUCCUCUCCUCCGAUACAGAUUUUUGAAUGAGUUUGACGCAGGUAUGAACAAUGCAGAAGCCAAAUACGGCUGGCUGCAUUCUGAGCAGGCCUACAUCAGUCUGAAGAAUGAGUCUGACAAGGUCAUCGUUUUCGAACGUGCUGGCCUCGUCUUUGCGUUCAACUUCCACCACAGCCAAAGCUUCCCAGAUUACAGAAUCGGCAUUGAGCAAGCUGGUACAUACCGGGUUAUUUUGAACACUGAUCUGAAGGACUAUGGCGGAUUCGAGAGAAUCGACUCCGGGACUAGGUUUUUCACCACCGACCUGCCAUGGAAUGGGAGGAAGAACUUCACCCAGGUGUACCUUCCUACUAGAACCGCAGUGGUUCUGGCUCUUGAGUCCACCCUCUAA